AUGCCAAAAGUCUCUAAAAAGAGGCGAUUUCACGGCAUAAGUAGCUGGGAUAUCAGCAGAAACAGCCAGACAGACGAGGAGACACAUGAGGGCUCAAGUCAAGAGCCAAGGAAUAUUUCUACACCGGUCACAGAAACAGCAUCAAUGCGAAAGGUUGGCCAUCAGACGGAAGAUGAAGAUCUAGAAAAUUCAUAUAGUUAUAGAAUGACUGAACUUUCUGGUUUGUUGAGUGCAUUCCAGCAUUUACAUCAGUGUGAAUCUGGGGGAGAGUUGCAGAUGUAAGAUGACAAAGCUCGAAGAUAUGGGAAUGGCUCAGUUCUUGAACUAGAGUGCACCAAAUGCGACACUAAAUUGGAGCUUCAGACAUCAGGAAGCACAACUGAGUCAUGGACAAACCGAAGCUCUACAGAUGUCAACAGAAGGAUGGUGUAUGCUGCAUGUGAAAUGGGAGUUGGUAGAGAAGCAAUGGCGACAAUGUGUGACAUCUUCAACAUGCCUCCCCCUUGCAAUCAAAAUGCUUGGAAUAGCCAUGUAAAUGCCCUGUAUGAUGCACAUAAGAAAGCUGUGUCCGAUAACUUACAAAAGGCUAGAGAAAAAGUAUGUGCACUUCAUCAACCAAAUGAUAAUGAUGCGGUAGAGAUUGGUGUCAGUUAUGAUGGAACAUAG